AGAUCUCUCUGUUCAGACCCAGAUAAAAUACACAAGUUCACCUAACUACUGUGGAUUCAACAGUUGUGAAGUAUUGUGAAUCAAUGGAAUACUGAAAGGAAGGACAAAAAGUACUCAUAUACCCAAAGCAAAAAAAUAUAGGAGACAAAGGACUUGUUAACCAUUUCAUCCAGUGAAAAACAUCUUUACAGGAGUCUAAAACUUCAUAAGUUACAACAGUGAUUUAGAUCUGCAAUUUUGGGAGUGUUUUGCCACAAUCCAUAACCCAAAAUGAUGGAUCAUAAUGAAUUAGUGAAAGAAAUGCAACAAAUCGACAAGUUGCCUGUGACAGAGCGUGUUGCAAUUGCAAGAAAGAGAAGAAAACAACAAUUAGCAACCUAUGCUAAAUGGGCAAAAACUGACAACUUCAGCAAUCGCAAAUCCAAGCCUCUCCAAAGAAAGGGUAUUCAGUUUUCUUCUGAGGUGCAGUUGCUUGAAACAGCAGCCCGGGCAGCCAACGAGAAGGGAGCAAUUGACGAAAUGCGAGUGCUUUUAAAAUCUGGAGUUGAUCCAAAUCAAAUGAAUCACGAUGGGCUGACGGCUCUACAUCAAGCAUGCAUUGAUGGGUCACUUGAGUUGGUAAACCUACUCCUGAAAGCGGGCGCCAAUGUAAAUAUAGUUGACAGGGACUUAUGGACACCUCUUCAUGCUGCUGCUACUUGCGGACAUUUUAAAAUUGUAACAACACUUAUCAGAGCUGGUGCAAAUCUGAUAGCUUUCAAUGGUGAUGGUGACCUACCAUACGACAUAACAGAAGAUGAGGUGACUCAACAUUACCUAGAGAAUGAAAUGACCAAACGAGGUAUCACCCAGGAGUUCAUCAAUCAGGCUCGUCAGGCUUCUCAUGAUAAAAUGAAGGAUGACAUAGAAUAUCUUAUUGAGAAUGGCGGUGAUAUCAACCAGCCUCUGGAUCAAGGGGGUACACUGCUACAUAUAGCCAUAGCAAAUUGUUUUACUGAUUUAAUGGAAAUUUUGCUUGAAAAUGAGGCAGAUGUUACAGUGCGGGAUGAAGAUGGCUGGGAACCAAUACAUGUAGCAGCUUACUGGUGCAAUGAAAAAGCAUUGGAAGCUUUGGCAGAAAAAGGGGCUAACCUACGGUCUUUGACUCAUAAUGGAGAAGUGCCCUAUGAUCUUUGUGAUGAUCCAGAUUUGAAGAUUCACUUCCUUCAUAUAAUCAAUGAUAGACCAGAAUAUAAAUUUUUAGGAGACAAAGAGGAUGAUGUACCUCUGAAGGAGGAUACAAAUGAAACCUCAUAUGAAAAGGAAGAUAAAAUAAUGGAAGAUGCUAUCCAUGAGUCCCAGCUUUUAAACCUGCAAAAGAACAAAAGUCUUUAUUCUGAACACUUUAUUUCAGAACCAGAGGGCAUUGCUAGAGAGAGAUCUUCUGAAGAAGUGCCUUUAAAUCCUUUACUAAAUCUCCAAGCAACAGAACUAUCUGAGCGCAGAAAUUCAGUCAAGGAGGCCAAACAUAGGGCACCACUGAAGAGAAUGAACAGCAUUGAGAUUGGUAACAAGGGGAAAAUAUCCCCCUAUGCAACUAAAACUGGAUUAGGAAUUUCUAGUCAUGAUAAGAACAACAUCCUACACAGUGCCAAGACACUAGAAACAAGCAGUGGUUAUCAAAAUUCAACCCCGGAGGUACAAAACACUGAAGAUCAAAGUACCAUGAAAGAGAUUUUGGAUCAAAAACUUAUGAACAAAAAAUCAUAUGAAAAUUCUAAGUCUGACAAAGAGAACACCAUUCCGGACCAGGAUAAACAUGUCAGUCCAGUACUCAGCAACAAUGUAAAUGGAACUUCAGAGACAACACAAGCAGCCAACUUCCAGGAGGAAAGCGACCAGCCUCUCAAAAAACUCAUCCACAUUCCCCGCAAGAAAAAUCCAGCACCGCCGCCUCCCCAGGGAUCACUGCUGUAUCUGAAGAGGCAACGGCAAGAAGCUCGCCAACUUCAGCUUGAGAUGCUGGAUGAGAGAGAGAUAAUUUUGCCUCCCACAACACAGGGCACUCAAACUUCUUACAUGUAUAACCCACCUCCAAGCCCAACAAUGAUACGCUACCACUACAAAAUGACACUGGAUGAGGUCAACCAUCAUGAUUUCAUAAAACAGAAAAAGUGUUCCAUCAUGUAGUUUGAGUGAAUUUGAAAAAAUUACUUCCAGGACAAAUCCAUCUUAGGUUUCAUCAUUCUGUUUCUCUCCCUCCUGAUUUAACCCUAAUUCUUUAGUUCACAUUUACUUAUUGUUGAUUUGGGAAAAAGUCUAAGUAAAGACUUUCUAAUUUUCUCCCCAAGUUUUAUGACUUGGUGAUAAAGUUACAAGUUCAACGCUCAAUAAGGAACAAUGCAGUUACAUAUAUAAAUAAAUAUUUUAACCUAUGAUGAUGACUGUUUAUGUACAUAGAGGAGAAAAUAUAUGAAAGAAAAUGUAA